AUGGAGAAACGGUCUGGGGAAAGGAGCGGAGGGUCCAAAGGGACAAAUGUAGGUCAGAGCCUCGUCCCCAGCUCGGUGGCUGCGCACAGCCUAGGUCGCUCCGACAACCUGGCUGGCUCAGCCCGCACCAGUCGGGGCACUGGGGCAGAGGCCACCGAGAGUAGCCCGCCGGCCAGGGAGGGCCCGCUGCGGUUCCGAGGCCGUUGCUCCCUCUGCUGCGCAGGCCUGGCCUCUGCGGCCUCCCUGGAGGGUCCAGGGCCGCGGGGCCUCCCGCCGCCGUCGCUGCCUCUUUGGCGGGGCUUCGGCCUCGGCCGGCGGCGCAGCGAAGCGCCCGCUCUCUCCGCCCGGCUGAGGACUCCGGCGGCCGCCGCGUCGGGUCGGCCAGGUAGGCGGGCGGGCCGUAGGUGUGUCGGCGCAUUAAGCGGGGAGGCCGUGCGUGGGCGAGACCACGGCUGUCAGCUUGGCCGGGACUUUGUGAGGCUUGCGGAGUCACAGGCGUCAGCGAAACGCAGGGAGUUAGCCUGCGUGAGUGCCCUGCUCCCGCCGCCUCCGUUUGCCCGGCCCCAGGCUGCCUUGCCCGCCUGCGUCUCCGCACGCAGGGACUGUUGUGAAGCUGUUGGUGGUUCUACAGAAGGUCCCAGGUGUGAUCAGGAAGAAGUGGUCCAGUCUAGACAGCUGGGGACCUAGGGCAACCACCUAACACAUCUGUCAAUCAGGAGUAAGGAUUUCAACUGCUGACUGGCUGUGUAGACCAAACUUUGUUCAUCUGCCUCCAGACUUCCUAGUGGCCUGGGUUCCACUCCCAUCCCUCCUGCCUUAACUGGCUUCUUGGGCUGUAGAGAGGACAUUCACUUAGACUUCAUUAGGCGGGGGACAGGAAAUGAAAUAUUCUGACUGAGAUAAAACAGAAGUAAUAAAAUGGAACGUACAAAGACCUGGAGUUAGAAAACCCAAAGGGAAGAAAACACUCAACAUUUCUCAAGCUGAAAGAACUGCAGAAAAAGUUCAAGCCUCGAGUUGCAAUAUUGAAGGAUUC